AUGAAACGCGUACGCACAGAACAGAUUCAGAUGGCAGUGUCCUGCUACCUCAAGCGCCGUCAGUAUGUGGACUCAGAAGGUCCCCUAAAACAAGGGCUGAGGCUGUGUCAGACUGCUGAAGAAAUGGCAGCUAAUCUCACAGUCCAAGCUGAGUCUGGUUGUGCCAACGUUGUGUCUGCAGCUCCCUGCCUGGCAGAGCCACAGCAAUAUGAAGUACAAUUUGGACGAUUACGCAAUUUCCUCACAGAUUCAGAUUCUCAGCACAGCCAUGAAGUGAUGCCUCUUCUAUAUCCCCUCUUCGUCUACCUCCAUCUGAACAUGGUCCAGAAUGGCCUAAAAAGCACAGUGGACAGUUUUUACAGCCGCUUCCAUGGCAUGUUCUUGCAGAAUGCCAGCCAGAAGGAUAUCAUUGAACAGUUGCAGACUACCAUGACUAUUCAAGAUAUCCUGUCCAACUUGAAGCUCCGGGCUUUUCUGGACAACAAGUAUGUCAUCCGCCUUCAAGAGGACAGCUACAACUACCUUCUUCGCUACCUCCAAAGUGACAACAACAACGCCCUGUGCAAAGUCCUGACCUUGCACAUUCACCUGGAUGUGCAGCCUGCCAAGAGGACGGACUAUCAGCUCUACGCUGGUGGGAGCUCCUCACGCAAUGAGAGCAACGGUCUGGAGCCCAGCGACGUGCCGGCAUCCAUCCUGCAGAACGAGGCAGCACUGGAUUUACUGCAGGACAGCAUUAAACGUGUCAAGGACGGGCCCCCUUCCCUAACCACCAUCUGUUUCUAUGCCUUCUAUAACACGGAGCAGUUGCUGAACACGGCGGAGAUUUCACCAAAUAGCAAGCUGCUGGCUGCUGGGUUCGAUAAUUCGUGUGUCAAGCUGUGGAGCCUGCGUUCCAGGAAGUUAAAGUCUGAGCCCCACCUUGUCGAUGUGUCCCGCAUCCGUUUGGCUUGUGACAUCCUGGAUGAGGAGGAGGAAGAGGAUGACAGCGCAGGCACAGAAAUGAAGAUCCUGAGAGGACACUGUGGACCCGUGUAUAGCACGAGGUUCCUUUCAGACAGUUCAGGACUCUUAUCUUGUUCUGAGGACAUGUCCAUCAGAUAUUGGGACCUCGGAAGUUUCACAAACACUGUGCUGUACCAAGGACAUGCCUAUCCAGUCUGGGAUUUGGAUAUUAGCCCCUGCAGCCUGUACUUUGCCAGUGGCUCCCACGAUCGCACUGCAAGGCUCUGGUCGUUCGAUCGGACGUACCCACUGCGAAUAUACGCAGGCCAUUUGGCGGACGUGGACUGUGUCAAGUUCCACCCCAAUUCCAACUACUUAGCCACGGGCUCCACGGACAAAACUGUGCGUCUGUGGAGCACUCAGCAGGGCAACUCGGUGCGUCUGUUCACCGGGCACCGCGGCCCUGUGCUAGCGCUUGCCUUCUCUCCCAACGGUAAGUACCUGGCAUCAGCAGGUGAAGACCAGCGGCUAAAGCUGUGGGACUUGGCAUCAGGAACACUUUACAAAGAGCUGAGGGGGCACACGGACAACAUAACCAGCCUUACUUUUAGCCCUGACAGUAGUCUAAUUGCUUCAGCGUCGAUGGACAAUUCAGUUCGGGUCUGGGACAUUCGGAACACUUACUGCAACGCCCCUGCGGAUGGGUCUUCCAGUGAACUGGUUGGUGUAUAUACCGGACAAAUGAAUAAUGUACUGAGCGUACAGUUUAUGGCCUGUAAUCUUCUUCUAGUGACUGGAAUUGCACAAGAAAAUCAGGAACAUUAAUUUUUUUUUUUGUCUUAGGGAUGCGGGUGGGUGUAUUGAAUGCCAGAGUCCAUUGCAAGCUGAGAUUACUGACUGUGAAACACUUUUCUUCCUCUGCCCCCUUGGAAGGUGUGUUGAGAGUGAUGCAAAUGCUUUAAGAUGUCACAAAAAGGCCUGCGCUGUUGAACAGAAUGAGGAAAAAGGGAGGAGUGAUGAAAAUACAUACACAUUCUCAUCUUCUAGGAAUGGGAAAA